AGGCAUCCCCGCUUACAUGCAGAAAACGGGAGGAGGAGGAGGAGGAGGAGCAUCCAAGUAGGAGCGAGGAAGAGAGAGAAAAAAGAAAAGCUGAGAACGACAUCAAACCUUGCAGGAGAAGCAAGCAACCUUUUACCUCCACCUACGGCCUGUUUUCUUCUACCAGGGGUACACCCAUACAUAUCCCGUCGAGAUGUCUCGCUGGGGGCGUAAGAAUGUGAAGAAGGCACCGGAGGUGAUCCGCACGGUGACCGAGGGUCUCAAGUCGCUGUACCGGAAGAAGCUGCUGCCGCUGGAGCAAUACUACGGCUUCCACGACUUCCACUCCCUCAGCCUGGAGGAUGCCGAUUUUGACAACAAGCCCAUGGUGCUGGUGGUGGGCCAGUACUCCACUGGCAAGACCACCUUCAUCAAGUACCUGCUGGAGCAGGAGAUUCCCGGCAGCCGCGUGGGGCCCGAACCCACCACUGACUGCUUCACCGCCAUCAUGCACGGCGACGUGGAGAGUCUCAUUCCCGGAAACGCCCUCAUCGUGGACCCCAACAAGCCCUUCCGCAAGCUCAACCCUUUCGGCAACACCUUCCUCAACAGGUUCCAAUGCGCCCAGAUGUCUAACCAGGUGCUGGAGAGCAUCAGCAUCAUCGACACGCCCGGAAUCCUCUCAGGAGCCAAACAGAGAGUGAGCCGAGGCUACGACUUCCCCGCCGUGCUGCGCUGGUUCGCCGAGCGCGUGGACCUCAUCAUCCUGCUUUUUGACGCCCACAAGCUGGAGAUCUCGGACGAGUUCUCGGAGGCCAUCGGCGCGCUCAAGGGCAAUGAGGACAAGCUGCGGGUUGUCCUCAACAAGGCCGACAUGGUGGGCACCCAGCAGCUCAUGAGAGUCUACGGUGCCCUCAUGUGGUCCCUGGGCAAGGUGUUCAACACCCCUGAGGUUCUGAGGGUCUACAUCGGAUCCUUCUGGUCCGAGCCGCUCAUGGUGUCAGACAACCGCAAGCUGUUCGAAUUGGAGGAGGAGGAUCUGUUCGCAGACAUCCAGAACCUUCCUCGCAAUGCCGCUCUACGCAAGCUCAACGACCUGGUGAAGAGGGCACGCCUGGUCCGGGUGCACGCUCACAUCAUCAGCUACUUGAAGCAGGAGAUGCCGUCAGUGUUCAGGAAGGACAACAAGAAGAAGAACCUCAUCUACCAGCUGCCCGUCAUCUUCUCCAAGAUACAACUGCAGCACAACAUCUCCGCCGGAGACUUCCCCGACUGUGCCAAGAUGCAGGAGCAACUGAUGGUCCACGACUUCACCAAGUUCAAAACCCUGAAGCCCAACCUGAUGGCGGCCUUGGACGAGCUGCUGUCGGUGGACAUUGCCAAGCUGAUGCCGCUUCUGCGCCAGGAGGAGCUGGAGGCCGGCGAGCAGCCCGGUGUCCAGGGAGGUGCCUUCCUGGGCAACCGAGCCGGACCCUUCGGCGAGGGCGAUCCCUACGGCGACGAGGACGAGGAGCCGGGCGAGGGCUGCGAGGACGAGCCCGACAGGUGGGUGGUGACCAAGGACAAGCCCAAAUACGACGAGAUCUUCUACAACCUGGCGCCCAACGAGGGCAAGCUGAGCGGCACUAAGGCUAAGAACUGGAUGGUCAGCUCCCGCCUACCCAACUCCGUGCUGGGCCGCAUCUGGAAGCUGUCCGACGUGGACCGGGACGGCAUGCUGGACGAGGAGGAGUUUGCCCUGGCCAGCCACUUGAUCGAAGUCAAGCUGGAGGGCCACGGUCUGCCACCGGAGUUGCCCAACCGUCUGGUGCCGCCUUCCAAGCGCAGGCAGAAAGGCUCCGAUGCCUGAACGGGAUGCAUGCAUGGAUGGAUGCAUGGAUUGGUUGGGUGUAUUGGGUGGAUGAACUUAUCGACAAAAAGACAACGGAUGACAGCUAGACAAGAUUUGUGGGGGACGGGCAAAGUUCAGACAAGUUUCUUUAUAAUACUUCCUUGAUGCCGAUUACUACUUGCGAGCCAAUUCUUGGGGAAUGAAUAGAUCGAUGUCGAAUGAACUUACAUGAACAUGGGCGGGCUAAUGGAUGUUAGCUAGUCAGACACAAGCACCUUUGCCCAAGAAUCAAAAGAAAGGUUCAUUUCACAGACACGUAAGUGCCACACCUGGUGGCUGACCGCAUUGCUAAGGCUAAAAGCUUUUGACAUCAAAACUCUUUAUUUCAAUUCAAAAUACUUAGUUUUACAGAUGAUUUUAUUUUCCAAAACACAAAUAUCUUAUAAGGAUGCGGUGAGUUACGUCACGAUACUGGCAACAAAUCGGAUCGUUUUUAUUUGUUUGUUUUUUCAAAUAACUUUGGCUACGUUGAAAAAAAAAAUUAAGUUUCCGAAUCGUGAACUACAUACAAUCUAUCUUAUUUAACUCCAAAGCGUAAUGUAAUAUAGCCAUUUGGCGUGCACGCUGCUUCCUUAGCUCACCUGUUGUGUAUUUUGAGGCUUCUAUUAGCAUAUAUUUUGCUAUAUUGUUUUGUUUUCAUGUGUUUUGCUGUGUGGCUGUGUCUCAUUUGCUGCAUGUCUUCACACGAUUGUGUUAAAAGCGUCCACAAAGACCGAGAAUUUACUACUACUACUACUGUGCACAGCGCCACCGCCUGGCUGGUUAUACAGCAAUAAAGUUACUUGAAUGUA